AUGUCGGCGGCCCGGUUGCACGCGCUGCAGCUGCUACUCCUGCUGGGCGCGACGUGGGCGCGGGCGGCCGCCCCGCGCUGCACCUACACUUUCGUGCUGCCCCAGCAGAAAUUCACUGGCGCCGUGUGCUGGAGCGGGCCUACCGCCCGGCGGCCGGCGCCCGAAGCCGUGAACGCCAGCGAGGUGGCAGCGCUGCGCACGCGCGUGGGCCGACACGAGGAGCUGCUGCGAGAGCUGCAACGGCUGGCAGCAGCCGACGGCGCCGUGGCCGGCGAGGUGCGCGCGCUGCGUAAGGAGAGCCGCGGCCUGAGCGCGCGCCUGGGCCAGCUGCGCGCGCAGUUGCAGCACGAUGUGGAUGCGGGUGCGGGUGCGGGCCCCGGUCCGGGGGCGGAGCCUGCCGCGGCUCUGGCGCUCCUCGGCGAGCGCGUGCUCAACGCGUCGGCCGAGGCGCAGCGCGCUGCUGCGCGCUUCCACCAAUUGGACGUCAAAUUCCGCGAGCUAGCGCAGCUGGUUAGCCAGCAGAGCGGCCUAAUCGCCCGCCUGGAGCGCCUGUGCCCGGGAGGCGUAGGCGGGCAGCAGCAGGUCCUGCCGCCGCCCCUGGUGCCUGUGGUUCCGAUCAGUCUGGUGGGUUCCACCAGUGACAGCAGCAGGAGGUUUGACCCAGCCCCAGAGCCCCAGAAAGACCAGACACUGAGACAGAAGGGGCCAUUGGCCUCUCCCACGCCCACAGGGGAUCCUGCAGCCUCCACCAAACCAGCAGGCCCGUGGCGGGACUGUGCAGAGGCCUACCAGGCAGGCCACAGGCAGAAUGGAGUGUAUGAGCUGCGGUUGGGCCGGUAUGUAGUGUCGGCCUGGUGUGAGCAACAGCUGGAGGGUGGAGGCUGGACUGUGAUCCAGCGGCGGCAAGAUGGCUCUGUCAACUUCUUCACUACCUGGCAGCAUUACAAGGUGGGUUUCGGGCGGCCUGACGGUGAAUAUUGGCUGGGCCUGGAACCUGUGCACCAGCUGACCAGCCGCGGGGACCAUGAGCUGCUGGUGCUUCUGGAGGAUUGGGGGGGCCGUGGGGCACGUGCCCACUAUGAUGGCUUCUCCUUGGAGCCCGAGAGCGACCAUUACCGCUUGCGGCUUGGCCAGUACCACGGUGAUGCUGGAGAUUCUCUCUCCUGGCAUAAUGACAAGCCCUUCAGCACUGUUGAUAGGGACCGAGACUCCUAUUCCGGUAACUGUGCCCUGUACCAGCGGGGAGGCUGGUGGUACCACGCCUGUGCCCACUCCAACCUCAACGGUGUGUGGCACCGUGGCGGCCACUACCGCAGCCGUUACCAGGAUGGCGUCUACUGGGCUGAGUUUCGUGGUGGGGCGUACUCUCUCAAGAAGGCUGCCAUGCUGAUCCGGCCCCUGAGGCUGUGACCAUCUGUCCGUCUGUCCCCCAGGGUGUUUAUCAGUAGGAUCCCAAGUUGUUCUGGGCACACCUCUUUUGUGACCGAG